GUAAUAAGGAAUAUGAAAGCCAUCCCCAACUCACAGGGGCAAAGAACAACCAUAGAAAUUCCAACAAGAGUUUCAAGCAAAGGGAUCAAUCGAGAAAAAUUUUCCCUCUCUCAACAAAUAGAGAUUCUUUUUAUUUAAAUUCGAUUUCCAUGCACCUUAAAAUUAGGACACAAUAUAUAAUAAGAUAAAAAUGAAAAUUCUAAACAUUUAUAUAUUGAGUUGAUAACGAGGCAAGUUUUUCCCAAAUAGAAUAGUGUUUUUUUUUUUUUGGGUAGAAAAAUAGCUUUUUAAUCUCGGACGCUUCUGGAAGAAUCCCAGACGAUGAGAGGCCACCGGUGUGAGCAAUCCCGGGUGGAAACCGACACCGAUACGGAUUCCGAAACCGAAACUAUGCGGUGCAUUUCGUGCAAAGAGGAGUACGGGACGAUUGACGCCGGAACGUGCAAGGAGUGCUACGAGGAGGCUAGCGAGACCGAAGAAGAGCUCAAGAGAGAGAUCGAAGAUCUCAAAGCCAAAGUUGCCUUCUUGCGAUUCUGGUCUCCACUCGAUCACCACCACAGCAAUAGGUCAUUUGGACCAUGCUUCACCGACGUUGUUUUGGUCGCCUCCUCCGACAGUGGGUCAACAGGGUCCCCUGCGCCUGUCCCCGCCCAUAAGGCCGUUUUGGCUAGUCGUUCUCCGGUGUUUCGAGCGAUGCUUGAGAAUGAGAUGGAAGAAAGCCGAAGUGGCACCAUCAAGAUUAGUGACGUAUCAUAUGAUGCCCUUCGCUCAUUUGUCAACUAUUUAUACACUGCUGAAGCAUGCCUUGAUGAGCAACUGGCCUGCGACCUUUUAGUGUUGGCUGAAAAAUACCAGGUGAAGCAUCUCAAGAGUUGCUGUGAGAAGUUUUUGGUGUCCAAAUUGAACUGGGACAAUUCAGUCCCAAGCUAUGCCUUUGCGCACCAGCACAAUGCUAAGCAUUUGCUUGAAGCAGCAUUGUCAUUGAUCACAGACAACAUGGACAAGCUUACUAAAAGGGAGGAGUACAUGGAGCUUGUGGAGAGGGAUCCUCGGCUUGUAGUGGAGAUUUAUGAGGCUUAUCUCUCCAAACAAGUUAAUACGGCAGCAAAGGAUUCUUCCAUGAAGCCAUCUGCAGGUAUGGUUCUGUUGGUAUAUUUCUUUGAAUGCUGAAACUUUGCAGUGCAUUUGUUGGAAAGUGUCAAGGUGGCUGUUCUGGCAUGAGCAGCUAUGCAUAGUCAGGACAGAAUUAUAGUUAUUGAAAUUGUGUAAUGGCUCAAUGGAAUUUAAGUUCAAAGCUAUGGCAUUUUCUUCUUUCUUUUCCUUUCA